AUGGGGAAUCGAGCACCAAAGACAAUAUUUACAGACCAGUGUCAAGCAAUGACAAAUGCCAUAAAGAAGGUUUUUCCCGAUACUUGUCAUUGCCUUUGUUUGUGGCACAUUUCAAAAAAUGCUACUCAAAGAAUAGGAAGCUGGUAUGUGAAUAAUGAGUUUAAGGGUUUCUUCAAUAAAUGUUUACAUUGUGAAAGUAUGGAUGACUUUAAAUUUACUUGGAGUGACAUGAUAUCAAGGUUUGAUCUCGAAAACAAUGCGUGGCUCAAGUCCCUUUAUGAACUUAGGGAAAAGUGGUGCCCAGCCUUUAGCAUGAAUACUUUCACUCUUCAUACAAAAUCUACUCAAAGAAGUGAGACCAUGAAUAAUGUGUUGCAUAUGAUAUCAACUAAAACUAUGACCUUAAGGGAAUUUGUGCAACACUAUGAAGAACAGUGUGAGAAAAUGCGUUUUGCUGAAAGUGAUGAAGAUUUUCGUUCCAAGCAUAGCCAAGUGCAGCCAAAAUUAGUAGGUAGUGCAAUUUUGACACAAGCUGCUAAUGUGUACACAAUUACUAUAUACUAUCUAUUUGAAGAAGAGUUCCUUUCUAGUUUGAAAGUGCAUUUGGAACAACUUUGUAAUGUUGAUACACUUUAUACUUAUCGAGAAUUUCAGGACUUCCUUGGUAAACAUUGCAUCACAAAGUUUGACUCAUCUAAUUGCAAUGUUGUUUGUUCUUGUAUGACGUUUGAGUCAACAGGGUGGUUAUGUCGACAUGCAUUUAAAGUUUUUGAUGCUUGGAAUAUCACCCAAAUACCGUCUUGUUAUAUUUUAGAUAGAUGGAGUAAAUGUGCAAAAGAUAGAAACAUAGAUUUUGAGCUUGGUGAGUCAUCUACAAAUAAGAAAUCAUCACUGACAGUAGAAAGAAAUACCUUGGUUCAACAGUCAUGUCGUGCUAUAGAUUACUUGGUUAUGACAGAUGAGGGAAAGAAUGUGGCGAAAAAAAUGAUGUAG